AUGUCGGUUGUCACAAAGAACCCUUUUGCCUACCUCGGCAACGACAGUGACGGCGAGGAGAAGCCCGUCGUUCCUGUCAAGACCGUUGACAAGAACACUGCUCGUACUACUAAGCGUAAUGUCGAGCCCCAGGCUCCCGUAAGGGCCGGUGGUGCUGGCGGUAACCGCCGUGGUCCUGGUGGUAACGAGGGUGCUUUCCGGGAUCGCGGUGCUGGCAGCAACCGAAACCAGAACCGAUCCACUGAGGAGGCUCCUCGUGAUGGUCCCCGAGGCGGUGCCGGUGCUCGUGUCCGUGGUGGACGUGGCGCUAGACACGCCCGUGAGCGCGAUGACCGACACCCUUCCAAGUUCGGCGGCCACGGUGGCUCUGACAAGCAGGCUGCCCAAUCCUGGGGUGCUAACGAGGGUACUGCUGAGCUUAAGGACGAGCAGGCCGGUGAAGCUAUCGCUAAGGACGAGCAAAAGGAUGCCGUUGCUGAGGACGCUGCCGCCGAGGCUGCCGCCGCCGAGGAGGAGGCCGAGAAGCAGGUCUCUUACGAGGAAUAUCUCGCCCAGCAGGCUGAGAAGAAGGCCGCUCUCGACUCCGGUCUCAAGGUCCGUGAGGCCAACGAGGGCAGCAAGCUCGACAAGAAGUGGGCCAACGCCAAGCCCCUCGAGAACGAGGAGGAGGAGUACUUCGCCCCUACCGGAGGCAAGGCCCAGCGCCAGCGCGAGCGCAAGGUCAAGCAAACCAUUGACUUCGACCCUCGCUUCGUCGAGCCUGAGCGCACCCGAGGUGGUGCUCGCGGAGGCCGAGGCGGCCGUGGAGGUCGUGGCGGAGAGCGUGGUGGUGACCGUGGCCGUGGAGGUAACCGCGGCGGUCGCGGCGGUGCUCCUCAGGGAUCUGCUAAGGGCAAUGCUGCUAUUAACACCAGCGACCAGUCUGCUUUCCCCAGCCUCGGCGGCAACUAG